AUGGGGAGAGGAAAGAUUGUGAUUCGAAAGAUUGAGAAUUUGACUAACCGGCAAGUGACUUUCUCAAAGCGAAGGAAAGGGUUGAAGAAGAAAGCUAAAGAACUGUCCAUUCUUUGUGAUGCACAAGUUGGAUUGAUUUUGUUCUCUUCCACUCAUAAGCUUUAUCACUAUGCAAGCUCCAGCUUGGAAUUAAUUAUUGAUCGUUAUAAUAAGUUUACUAAGGAUCACCAUCGGGCAAUAGAUACUACUUUGGACGUCAAGGUAAUACAAACCAUGAGGGAAAGGUGA